GGACUGGAACAUUUCUAGUCGAUUACAUUAUAACAACAUGUGUUUUCUUCAAAGAAUGUUUAUUUUUGCGCUCUGUUCUGUUUUUGCAACGGAAGGAAGGCUGAAAAAUGAAGAAUGGAAAAUUCAUAUGGAACAAAAACUGGAGGAUAUCCUAUUAUUGAUAGAAAAACAAAAUGUCGUCAUUGAAGAGCAAUCUAGAGAAAUAAAACAACUUAAAAGCAAGGUCCUGUUACUCGAGAGCAAGAUAGAUUUGGCAUCUACAAACAACAAAACGGAAAAUUUCAACAAAACAAUGAAUGACACCGAGAGAAAUAUAAAAGAUAUGAAUGUAAUGAUCAACAUGCACGAUACAGAAGCCAAAAUGCAGGUAACACGUAGAUCUCUUCGACAAGGUAAUGUUGCCUUCUAUGCCUACAUUUCAAAAAACUUUGGAGGAGUCGGUGUGGGUCAAGUUUUUAUCUAUGAUACUCUGGUGACGAAUUACGGAAACGCAUACAGCCGACACACUGGAGCUUUCACGGCGCCCACCUCAGGAGUUUAUGCCUUUUCUUACACCGUCUUUGCUGCCGGUGAACAUGUGGCUGGAGAAUAA